AUGGCAUCUUCAUUCCCAUUUUCUCUCGAUCUAAACCUAGCUCCGCCAACACAGACAUGGGGGCAAGGGGUUGCACCAGUGUGGAUGCCCUACUUUGCUUCCUCUCGAGGACUAGUGAACGUAAAUGACUCAUUACUCCUUAACCACGAUGUUGUCAUUGGAGUUGUAAAAAGUUUGGUGACUCCCAGGGAUGUGCGCAUGCUGGGAACAAGGGAUGAUAACCAUAUGGUGAUUGAUGCCAUGGCACUGAGCAUGCAAAGUGCGGUGUCAGUCACAAGUUUGGGUCACCGUCACAUUAUGAAAUCCCAUGAGGUGCAAGUGUUAAGAAGUCAGUUGGUGGCAGAAUGGAAUUUGGUUGCAGAUUGUUUGAGUAUUAUAAGGAUAUUGAAAAGGGAGAGGGCAAAGACUUUGGAAGAGACGCGACAUCAGCUUGAAAUAUUGCAGGUUGAGAAUUAA